AUGUUGGCAGACGAUGUUGACAUGUCGACUCCACCCGGCAGUCCCCGACGCCAGCUGCGCACCCCCUUUCCGCCGACAGCGAACGCAUAUGCCGUCGCUGCGUCCUACCAUCCCGCCUCCUCGGGCUCCUCCAGCUCCUCCGCGCGCCGCAUGCCCUAUCCUCCCCCCACGCUCAACAUCUCCCCGCCGACACCACAAACCCGCGACAUCGGGCGCUCACUGACGCGCGUGAGCGUGAGCGAGCGGCCGCGCCGCCGCCGCAUCGACGACGACGACGACGACGACCGCCGCCGCCGCACGCCCUACGGCUCCCCCUCCCUCCUCAGCGUGACCCCCACGACCCCCCUCUCGCCCAUCAGCGGCUUCGAAGCGUCCCGCCCGCCCUCCCCCACAAGCUCUAGCACGAGCACGAGCACGAGCACGAGCGUGAGCGCGGGCGCGCCCGCGUCCGACCACGACCCCGAAACCGCGGCGUGCCACGAGCUCGACUGUCCGCGCGGCUGCGCGCCCUACCGCCUCAUGCGGAUGCUCGAGGCGGAGCGCGCGGCGCGCCGCGCGGCCACUGCGCUCGCGGACCAACUGCGUGCCGAGGCGGCCGCGGAGCGCGCCGCGCGCCAAGACGCCGAGACGCGCGGCGGCCGCGCCGCCACGAACUACCAGUGGGCCGUCCAAAGCCUCGAGCAAGAACGCGCGCGGUGGGAGCACGAGAAGGCGCACUUGCUCUCCAAGAUCGAGCUGAUCGAGGCCGAGAACCGCGAGCUGCGCGAGCGCGCAGGCCUCCCCCGCGAAGUGCAGAUACGGAGCUCGCGCGGGAUCGUCAUGACGAGUCCCAGCGAUCCGGACGGGUGGGUGCGUAUCGGCGCGCGCGAGGACCCGGUGCCCGUCGUCAGACGCUUCAAGUCGGCGGCGGAGGCCGACGCGUUCGACGCGGAGAACGAGCGCGCGCAGCCGCGCCGCCGCCGCUCGCGGCGACUAGUUCGGCGCCGGCCGUGGCGCCGGCGAGUCCCGCGCCGCCCGCGUCAGGCCCUCACGACCCCAACCCGCCCGUGA